AUGGACCUGAGCGCCGCCACCGCGCUGUGCCUCUGGCUGCUGAGCGCUUGUCGCCCCCGCGACGGGCUGGAAGCAGCUGCGGUGCUGCGAGCGGCGGGGGCAGGGCCGGCCUGGAGCCUGGGGGGCGCUGGAGGCGGCAGGACCCUCGCCUCGGCGGCGGGCGCGUCGCCUGUUCAGGCCGCCUCUGUGCCCGGGACCCGCGCUGCGCGCCGCGCCGCCGGCCCCGGCUUCAGGAACGUCUCGGUGGUGCCGCACCACUUCAUGAUGGCUCUGUACCGCAGCUUGUCCGGGAGGCCGCCGGCCGGGGCAGCCGCUGCCUCCGACCACGGCCGCGCGGACACCAUCACCGGCUUCGCAGACCAGUCAACCCAAGACCAAUUGGCGGCUGAGACUGGCCAAAGCUUCUUGUUUGACGUGUCCAGUCUUCCCGACACCGACGAGGUGGUGGGCGCCGAGCUGCGUGUGUUGCGCCGCGAGCCGGCCAAGCUGGAGCAGGGCAGCCAGACCACCCUGCCCCUGCUGUUGCUGUCCACGUGUCCGGGGACCACGCACACUCCGCGCCUGCUGCACUCCAGGACUGUGGAGGCCCUAGACAGCGCUCGCUGGGAGGUGUUUGAUGUGGCAGACGCUGUGCGGAGCCACCGCGGGAACACGCGCGCCGCCCGCGCCUUCUGCCUCCUUCUGCGCGCUGUGGACCGCCCUGCGCGGAGCCCGCUGGACCCGCGGCUGCUGGGCUUCGGUUGGCGGGGCGGUGGCGGCGCGGCGGCGGAGGAGCGCGCGCUGCUGGUCGUCUCCUCCCGCACACAGAGGAAGGAGAGCCUGUUUCGAGAGAUCCGCGCUCAGGCCCGCGCGCGCGGGGCCGCUCUGCCGGUGGAUCCACCGUCCGAGCCCGGGCCCGGUGCUGGGUCCCAGAAGGUUGUUCUGGGCGGCCGCAGGCAACGACGGACUGCGCUGGCCGGGACGCGCGCGGCUCACGGCAGUGGCGGGGGCGCGGGCCGAGGCCACGGGCGCAGGGGCCGGAGCCGCUGUAGCCGCAAGCCGCUGCACGUGGACUUCAAGGAACUGGGCUGGGACGACUGGAUCAUCGCGCCGCUGGACUACGAGGCCUACCACUGCGAGGGCGUCUGCGACUUCCCGCUGCGCUCGCACCUCGAACCCACCAACCACGCCAUCAUCCAGACGCUGCUUAACUCCAUGGCGCCCGACGCGGCGCCUGCCUCCUGCUGCGUGCCCGCGCGCCUCAGCCCCAUCAGCAUCCUCUACAUCGACUCGGCCAACAACGUGGUCUACAAGCAGUACGAGGACAUGGUGGUGGAGGCGUGCGGCUGCAGGUAGCGCGCGGGGGCUGGGCUGUCGCGGCACUGGCUCGAGCCUGGGUGUGCGUCCGUCUCAGGGCCGUGUCCGCACCCGCACGGAGGAGAGCACACGGUCACACUCACAGCCGCACGCUCGUCACUACGCACACACUGACCGAGAAGAACAGCCUCAGAAAGCCCUGGGAAGAGGGAGUCUGCCGCUAUCAGGGGCCACAGCCCUGUGCAUUUUGUGAACAGAUCCCGUGGCACCCGCUGCCUCUCUGGGGAGGGAGUGUGUUUGGAGUGUUGGUAACUGGCACUAAAUUGGUUAGAAACGGGUUAGGACUGGGGCUCCAGAACGGGUGACCCGUGGGAUACGGAGUACGUUUUCUCGCGGCCCGUUUUUUGGAGGGUGGGGGCAUGGCCCCUCUGGUGGCUCAGCUCCGGGGUUGGGGGAUAGUGUCCAGUCUGGGAUCACGGGAGGGAUGGAAGGCUUCCGGUCUUUGUGGCGUCCCAGCAGCGGUCACUUAGGGAAGGAAUCAGGGCGAACGAAUAGCCGCUUUCUCUCACGACUUUUAACAUUAUAAUGUGGUGAUGCUUUCCUUUUUAAAGGGAAGUUUUGCCUGAAAGAAUGCGUUGCGGAGCUUCCCAGAUCUCGGCAAAGGUCAGCAGCGGUCUUUCAUCGAUUCUACCUGGGAAUGGUCUAGAAAGUGAGAAGAUCAGCACAUGAGGGUGAAGUGAUCUCGCACCGCGGGUUCCGAGCGGACAGGACACGCGGGGAGUGGGGUGGGGUGCGGUGGGAGCUGUCAGACUCGGCAGCUCUCCAGCUAGCGAGCAAGGCUGGAGCAGGGUCUGGGGUCGCAGGGCAUUAGUGCCAGGACUGGUGCAGCAAGGGCUCAGCUGUGCGCUUCUAAGGACCUGCCAACUCGGUUUCCUAAGCCGCUGGCGAAGGGCUCCAGUGACUCGCAGCCUCACCGCGUGGCACAGCCUGAGUGGCCGCAUGUGCUUGCGCUUAGCUAUCAUGUCUGUGGCGGCUUUGACAUGCUUUCACUGUUGUUGCUGUGGUUUUUUGGCAGUGUGAUAGUAACGGGAAGUGAAGCCGCACAAAAGUGCUUUUGUCAGACCUCAGCUCUCUUUCCAGAUCUUUGAGCAGGAGGAAGGCCUGCCCCGGGCUCCCGGCUCAGGAGCUUGGCUGCGGUGGCCAGUUCGGAAGGGCAAGGCCUUGGUGUGGGCGGAACGGGGGCACAGGCCUGUUUCUGGGUCCCAGAAGUAGUCCCCAAGGUCUUACUAAUGGCAGGGUCUUCUGUUGACCUGAAAGCGAGCUCGGACUGGCUGGCUUUGCUUAUUUGAUUGUUUACGUUAGGGAGACUUUUGUGGGUUUUUGUCAAGGGUUGGGACAGAAAAAAACGAGAUUACACCUGUUCGCCUAGUGGCCUUUUUGCAAAACUGCAGCACUCCUGCGUGCUAUUUAAUGCUGGGCUCCAAGCUUUCCUUAGGGUCCCAGAGAGGCCUUAAUUCUAUCCUUGUCAUGGAUGCUAAGGUCCAGGAGAGUUCAUCGUUCUCAGCGGUUACGUUUUACAUCCUUGAGAGACAGGACAUUUAUUUAAGGUCCUACUGGAGUCAUUUUCUGCAAAAAUUCCCCCAAAGAAGGAACACAUUCACACACAC